UUUGUUUCUUUGGAUGUUCCACAGGUUCCCAUUCUGUAUUUCCCGAAAUCUAAUCCAGGGCUGAAGAGGAGAAAGAGAGACUGGGUUAUCCCUCCUAUGAAUGUUGCUGAGAAUCACAGAGGACCUUUUCCCCAGGAAGUUGUUCAGAUUCGCUCUGAUGCCGAUAAAACGAAGAAGAUCUUUUACAACAUCACUGGUCCUGGAGCUGAUGAGCCUCCUGUUGGACUUUUUACCAUGGACAGAGACACUGGUUAUCUGUAUUUAACACAGGGACUGGACAGAGAGAAACAGGACAAAUACACGCUUAAAGCCCAUGCUGCGACAGCGGGAAGUACUGAAAGUGCAGAGGAUCCUAUGGAUAUUAUAAUCAAUGUAAUUGACCAGAAUGACAACAAACCUGUUUUCAAACAGUCUACCUAUAAGGGAGAAGUUCCAGAGGCCUGCAAAAAAGAUUUUGAGAUGAUUCAAGUUGUGGCCACAGAUGCUGAUCAGCCAGAUACUGACAACUCUGAUAUCAGGUACCGUAUAAUGAGUCAGAAGCCAGAGCAGCCCAGUCCCAACAUGUUUACCAUCAACCCAACAACUGGAGUCAUCAGAGUCAACGAAGCUGGGCUGGACCGAGAGAAAGUCCCUGAGUAUGAACUGGAAGUACAGGCAGCUGACAUGAAGGGAGAAGGUUUGACUACAUUAACCAAAGUGAUGAUCAAAGUGACGGACAUCAACGAUCACGCUCCGGUCUUUACAAAGUCGGAACAUACAGCCACAGUUGAAGAGAAUAAGGUAGAUGAUGUAGUUGUUAAGAUGGAGGUGACAGACGGUGAUGAGCCUCAUACUCCUGCCUGGAAUGCAAAGUUCAGCAUCAUUAAUGGAGAUCCAGGAAAUCUAUUUACUGUGAAAACAGGAACAAACAAACAAGAAGGAAUCAUCACUACUGCUAAGGGUCUGGACUUUGAGAAAGCCAGUAAGCACACUCUGCUGGUCACAGUGGAGAAUGAAGCUCCUUUUGCUCCUUCUGUUUCGUUGGGAAUUUUCACUGCUACAGUGGUGGUGACUGUGAAGGAUGUCAAUGAACCUCCCAUUUUUGAAAUAGAAGAGAAGCAUGUUUCCAAAAGUGAGGCCCUUGCUGUGAACAGCACUGUGGUGCAGUACACGGCUUCUGAUCCAGACACUGGACGCAAACAGAAAGUCAUGUAUAAGGUAAUCAAGGACCCAGCUAAAUGGCUCAAUGUCGACAAGGAAACCGGAAUAAUCACAGUGAAAAGCCAAAUGGACAGAGAAUCUCAACUUGUCACGGAGGAUAAAUACACAGCCCUGAUUGGUGCAUAUGAUGAUGAUCAGAUCCCAGCUACAGGAACCGGAACUUUGAUUAUCAAGCUUGAAGAUGUCAAUGACAACCCCCCCAGCAUUGUUGAUCGCGUAUUUGAGAUGUGUAACAAGAAACCAAUUCCUGUGGUGCUGAAUGUAACAGAUAGAGAUGGAACAGGUUUUACUUUUCCAUACAAUGUCAACCUACGGGACGCUUCAAAGGCCAACUGGACUGCUAAGAUGAACGAGACUGGCACAGGCAUUAUCAUAAAAUUAAAGUCUAAUAUUGAAGAAGGAAACUACAAGGUGGCCAUGAAUGUUCAGGACGUCCUGGGUCUGUCACAGGUCAGCACUGUCACAGCUAAAGUGUGUGACUGCACUGGAACACCAAUCUGCAAGAAAGCAGAAUCAAGAGCUACUGGCGCCAAUCCUUGGGUCAUUGGGGGAGUUCUUUUAUUGGUGCUGGUGGGAACUGUGAUUGCCUUGGGUGUGUUUUUGAAGAAGAAAGGAAAAACUGGAGUGAUAGAUGAAAAAAGUGAUGAUGAUGAAAGGGAUGAGCUUGUUCUUUCUAAUGAAGAGGGAGGUGGAGAGAGCAUUCAGCAGAAUUAUAGUGAGAGUGUUCUCCACUUUGCUCUGACCAACAAGUCUGACAUGUCCAGGGUCGUCAUGGCUCCUCCACUUGAAAGUGGUCCCCGGUACAGACCUCGGCCAACCGACACAGAUGAUAUCGCCGAGUUUAUUGACCAUAACCUGAAGGUGGCAGAUACAGACCUGACUGCCCCCCCCUACGACUCCCUGCUGGUGUUUGAUUUGGAAGGAGGCGAUUCUGAGGCAGAAAAACUCUCGUCUCUGUACUCCUCGAGCGACGGAGACCAGGACUACGAUUCCCUCAAAGAAUUUGGCCCUCGCUUCAAGAAGCUGGCCGACAUGUACGGAGGAGGAGAUGAUGACAUGAUGUAAAUGUUCCCACACUGUGAGAAAAAUUGCUGCAUGCAUGCAGUCUAACUGUGAUACUUUGUGAAAUCUAUAUCUGUGUGAUGUGUGUAUUCAGUCCUAUUUUUUCUCUGUAAGCUGUUCUUCAUCAGGGUCUUCAGGUUAAAGCCUUACAUUAGUUUUAGUUCUUCAUUUAUGAUUCUAUUCUCUAUUAUACAUAUGCACUUGAAAGCUCAGUUUUGCUGGUAUGAUUUGUGGAGAAUGUAACCAAUAUAGUAAGUACUUUGCAUCUUGUUUUUUUUUUUUAUUAUUAAUCUUUCCAUCAGUGUUUAUUUUUCAGUACCAUGCAAAGUUCAACAGCCAUUGUGCCAUUAACAAGAAUUGAUGAGAUUCAUAUUUUUGUACAAAAAAAGAUGUCUUCAGUAUUUGAAGACAACAUAUGACAAAUUAUUUUUAAUAUUAAAUUCUUUAACU